GACCCGGAAGUGCACCGCCCGCCGCGGCCCCCUGACCUCAGACCCCGGACUUCAGACCCCGGGACCGGGACUGGCCAGGCGGGAUGGGGCGGCUGCGCGAGCUGCUCCUGCUGCUGCUGCUGCUGCUGCCGCCCCUGCCACGGGGGUCCCGGCCCGAGGGCCCCAUCCGGGCCUGGGUGGUGCCGCACAGCCACAUGGACGUGGGCUGGGUGUAUACCGUGCAGGAAAGCAUGCGGGCGUAUGCGGCCAACGUCUACUCCUCCGUGGUGGCCGAGCUGGCUCGCGGGCGGCAGCGCCGCUUCAUCGCCGUGGAGCAGGAGUUCUUCCGGCUGUGGUGGGACGGCGUGGCCUCGGAGCAGCAGAAGCGCCAGGUCCACCAGCUCCUGAAAGAAGGACGCCUGGAGUUUGUUCUUGGAGGCCAGGUCAUGCAUGACGAGGCUGUGACCCAUCUUGACGACCAGAUCCUACAGCUCACAGAAGGACAUGGCUUUCUCUACGAAACCUUUGGGAUCCAGCCCCAGUUCUCCUGGCAAGUCGACCCUUUCGGUGCAUCGGCCACGACCCCCACCCUGUUUGCCCUGGCAGGCUUCAAUGCCCACCUCAUCUCCCGAAUCGACUACGACCUGAAGGAUGCCAUGCAGAAGGCCCAGGGGCUCCAGUUUGUGUGGCACGGGUCCGGGUCCCUGGGGGCCCGGCAGGAGAUCUUCACCCACGUCAUGGACCAGUACAGCUACUGCACCCCCUCCGCCAUCCCCUUCUCCAACAGGACUGGGUUUUACUGGAAUGGCGUGGCCGUCUUCCCAGAGCCGCCCCCUGAUGGGGUGUACCCCAACAUGAGCGAGCCCGUCACCCCCGACAACAUCCACCUCUACGCCGAGGCCCUAGUGGCCAACGUGAAGCAGCGGGCCGCGUGGUUCCGGACUCCCCACGUGCUCUGGCCCUGGGGUUGUGACAAGCAGUUCUUCAACGCCUCGGUGCAGUUCGCCAACAUGGACCCCCUGCUGGAGCACGUCAAUAGCCACGCUGCCCAGUUCGGAGUCUCCGUGCAGUACGCCACGCUGGGCGAGUUCUUCCACGGGCUGCACACCCUCAACGCCACCUGGAGCGUCCGCGACCACCACGAUUUCCUGCCCUAUUCCUCAGAACGGUGGCAGGCGUGGACGGGCUUCUUCACGUCCCGCAGCUCGCUCAAGGGGCUGGCGCGGCGAGCCAGCGCGCUGCUGUACGCGGGAGAGUCCAUGUUCACCCGCUACCUGUGGCCGUCCCCCCGCGGAGCUCUGGACCCGGCCUGGGCCCUGCGGCAGCUCCGGCGGCUCCGCUGGGCCGUCUCCGAGGUCCAGCACCACGAUGCCAUCACCGGUACCGAGUCCCCCAAGGUGAGCGACAUGUACACGGAGCACCUGGCCACGGGCACGGUGGGCGUGCGCAAGCUCAUGGCCGCCCUGGCCCCGGAGGGGCCCGCGUACCCGGCAGGGGAGCGGCGGGCAGCUCCGAGGGCUCACGCAGGCACAAAGCCGGCGGGAUACUCUGCCUCAGUCUACAACCCGCUGGCCUGGACAGUCACCACCGUCAUCACCCUGACUGUCGGCUCCCCGCGGGUCAGCGUCACGGAUGAGCUGGGCCAGCGCGUGCCUGCACAGAUCCAGAGCUCCAGCCGCUUCCCCUCCGCCUACGACCUGCUCAUCCUGACCACGAUCCCAGGCCUCAGCUACCGGCACUACUGGCUCAGGCCCGCCACGGAGCCCCAGGCCGCCCCCGCCGCCCGCGUGCUCAGGUUCGGCCGCCGCACACGGAGGCAGCCGGGCCAGGGCGGCCGGAGCCUGGUGCGCGUGAGGAACGACUGCUACACCGUGCUGCUGGACCCCAGCUCCAACCUGCUGUACGGCAUCUGGGAGAGCCAGAGUAACCGCACCGUGCGCGUGGCCCAGGAGUUCCUCGAGUACCACGUCAACGGAGACGUGAAACGGGGCCCCAUUUCCGACAACUACCUGUUCUCGCCCGCGGAGCCCGCGGAGCCGGCGUGGGAGGCCGUGGAGAUGGAGGUUGUGGCAGGAGAUCUGGCCACGGAGAUCCGGCAGUUCUUCUACAGGCACGCCUCGGCCCAGGCGUACAGCUAUGCCAUCUACUCCCGACUGGCCCACGUGCCCCGGGAGGCCGACGGGCAGCUGCUGUGCCGUCGGAUCGAGCAGGAGUACAGCGCGGGCCCCUUGGAGCUGAACCGCGAGGCCAUCCUGAGAACCAGCACCGAUCUGAACAGCCGGCAGGUCCUCUACUCGGACAACAACGGCUACCAGAUGCAGCGGAGGCCCUACCAGCCGUUCAGGGAGAACGCCAUCGCGCGGAAUUACUACCCGAUGGCGCAGUCGGCCUUCAUCCAGGACGGCGGGAGCAGGCUCGUGCUGCUGGCGGAGCGGGCGCACGGGGUCUCCAGCCAAGGGAACGGGCAGGUGGAGGUGAUGCUCCAUCGGCGGCUGUGGAACAACCUGGCCUGGGACCUCAACUACAACCUCACGCUGAACGACACCUCGGUCGUCCACCCCGUGCUCUGGCUGCUGCUGGGGCCCCGGGCGCUCGCCGCGGCCCUGCGGCCCAGAGCCGGGCUGGCGCUGCAGCACAGGCCCAUCGUGCUGCUCCGCGAGGCGGCGGGCUCGGGGCCGCCCGCCCGGGGACUCGGACGGCAGACAGCUGUGACGCUCCCCCCAAACCUGCACCUGCAGAUCCUGAGCACCCCCGGCUGGAGCUACAGCACCAACCACACCGAGCACCUGCGGCACCUUGAGCAAGGUCACCGAGGGGAGGCCCAGGCAGACCUGCGCCGCGUCCUCCUGCGGCUGCGCCACCUGUACGAGGUGGGCGAGGACCCCGUCCUGUCGCAGCCGGUGACAGUGGACCUCGAGGCGGUGCUGGGCGGCCUGGGGGCCCUGGCGGCCGUGGAGGAGCGCUCGCUCACGGGGACCUGGGACGCGCGCGCGCUCCAGCGCUGGACCUGGAGGACACAGCCCGCCCGCCGGAGAGGCUCCGCCCCCUCCCGGCCAAGGCCGCCGGGAGACACCUGGGUCACCAUCCACCCCAAGGAGAUCCGGACUUUCUUCGUUCACUUCCGGCAGCAGUGAGCAGCCCCCCGCCCCCCCACCCACCCAAGUCCCCAGGACCCCUGCCGUGUCACAGGGCCCGUGACCGGCCCCGUGGAGGGACCCGGGUGAGGAAGCCACCAUCCCACAGGUGGACGGCCAGAAAUGGCCUCGGGGGGAGCGGGCUCCUCCUGUGUUUUUUAAAUAAAAAGUUAAAAUCUGUCA